UGAGAAAGACAGAGAGUGAGUGCUGAAGAGAGAAGCAAUGGCGAUUGCGAGAACGCACAUGUUUGGUGUUGUGAAUUUUCAGCUCAACGAAGCUCCAAUGGCUUUUGCAGGUUCCAGCGCGAUCCUCUGGCAUCACGGAGAGCGUUCGCAGCGCAAUGUGGCCCUAAGACGCAGAGGAAAUGCCAUGAUUGUUCCCAGAAUCAGAGCUCAGAGUUCUGCUUCUGAAUAUGUUCCAGAUUCCAAGUUUUACAAAGUGGAAGCAAUUCUCAGGCCCUGGCGAGUCCCUCUUGUUUCUUCGGCUUUGUUGAAUAUGGGAAUCCGUGGUGUCACUGUAUCUGAUGUCAGAGGCUUUGGUGCUCAGGGUGGUUCAAAAGAGAGGCAGGGAGGCUCUGAAUUUUCUGAAGACAAUUUUGUUGCCAAAGUUAAAAUGGAAAUAGUGGUGAGAAAUGACCAGGUUGAGGCUGUGAUAGACAAAAUAAUUGAGGAGGCAAGGACUGGGGAGAUUGGUGAUGGCAAAAUUUUCUUGAUCCCAGUGUCAGAUGUUAUAAGAGUUCGCACAGGUGAGCGUGGGGAACAGGCAGAGAGGAUGACUGGGGGGCGAACUGACAUAUUAUCUACUGUAUGACUGGUUGAAGGGAGUGAUCAGCAUUCAGUCCUCUGGUCUCAUUACCCAUUCUCCUUGGUGGGAUUGGUUACCAUGUUGUAUGCUUUAUAUACUCUGCACUUUGCUGUUAGAAAAUCUACAAUGGCAAUGUUGAAAGGACAAUGUAGUUAUGUAGUGAAGAAAACUGUGAAACAAUAAUCAAGUCAGCUUAGUUGCUGAAAGUUAAUGUGAGUUUGUUAAUAUUUGAUUGUGAAUCCAA